AUGCCGUUGAAUACGACCAGCGGUAGAGAUUCACCCGCUUCGCUGGCGUUUCCGGAGCUUGAAAACGCUGUCUCCGCGCGCGACCGUGAAGCUCAGGCCUCGACCAACGUGCGGGUAUGGGUGGUGGACCGAUCAGAACAUACUGCGGAAGUGCGGCACAAAGACUCUGCCUAUAACAGGCGCCACCCCGACCGUGAGUCUUGCCAGUGUCUGCUGACUUGGGAUUGUAAGAUGUGUGCGGAAGAUGUGGCGAGUAGCUACGUGGGAGGCUGCUGCGGAGGGAAGUUUGACAGACAACGUACGAGCGUCUACGCGAUGGUAUGUGCCAUGGAAACGGCGUAUAGACGACCAAGCACAGAACCAUCUGCUGCAAUUGUGACGGCAAGCGGACAGCCGUCUGCUGUCACUGAUGGCAUUCCUGGAGAAGCUGCGAGGCACAUCGCGGAGAGUUCCGCCGACUGGCAAGCUGGUGGGGAGCCGCUACUACCUAUAAGAAAGGUCUACGAGAGGCCCGAGGUCCUGGAGCGCGUGGGCGGCGAUUAUCCCACUCGGCGUACGCAACAAAACGGGGGUGUCCCGUCUGAGGCUCACACGUUCCCGAGAGCUGCGUUGUUUGCCCUUUUUCUGGAAGUGGCCUACAAGAGGACCUUCGGAUAUGAUCCUGACGUAGGCUCGGCUUAG